AUGCCCCCGAGGAAGAAACCCAAAGCCGAGGCCGUCUCCCUCGACCGCCUCAGCGCCCUCCCGGACGACCUCCUCCACAAGGUCAUGUCGUUCCUCAGGGCGUGGGAGGUGGCGCGCACCUGCGUGCUCUCGCGCCGCUGGCGCGGCCUCUGGGCCUCCGCGCCCUGCGUCGACCUCCGGGUCUGCUGCAAGGCCCGGCACCGGCGCCUCCCCACGCGUCUCGCCAGCUUCGCCAACCACUUCUUGCUCCUGCGGGAGGCGUCCGCGCCGCUGGACGCCCUCCGGGUCCUGUCCAGCCCCCCACGCCAGGACGCUCCACACAUGCCCUACAGUCCCCGGUACGACGACGACGGGGAGGACUACUCCUCCGAGGACGUCGAAAUGUGGAUCCGCGCUGCCAUAAACCGCAGGGCCCGGUUCAUCCAGCUCAGCCACCACCCAAGGGACGACGACCUCUCCGACCUCGACAACGUGCCCCUCGUCUCCUGCCACCUCAAACACCUGCAUCUGUCGGGCACAAUGCUGUACGACAAGACGCUGAGGCAGCUCUCCUCUCAGUGCCCUUCUCUGCAAGUCCUGGAGCUCAAAGACUGCUCCCUGGAUGGCCCCCACAUAUCAUCUGCCUCGCUUAUCACUUUCACCAUGGUCGAGUGCAGGAUCAUCAGGGACCUCACCGUUGCUGCUCCCAACCUCAUAUCGCUGCGCUGUGUCAAUCCAUACCACCACGCCCCCUCGUUCCAAGACAUGGCUUCCCUGGCCACAGCCACAAUCAUGCUUAAUGACUCUUUCUUGCAUGAUGAGUUUGAAGAGAGGUAUGCAGAGCUCGAUCCAGAGGUGUUUGAGUGUGACAGUGACUCAAAUGAUGACAGCGACGCUGAUAGCGACUUGAGUACAAGUGAUGAGUUCUAUGGUGACAAAGUUUUAGGUGGCCAAAAUGUUAUCCGCAGCCUGUCGAAUGCUACAAGUUUGGAGCUGAUAGCUGAUGCCGAAGAGGUGAUUCUGAAUAGGGAAUUGGAGAUGUGCCCAGUUUUUAGCAACCUGAAGGUGUUAUCCCUUGGUGAAUGGUGUAUGGCUGCUGACUUGCAUCCAUUAGUUUUGUUCCUGCAGCAUGCUCCAAAUCUCGAGAGGCUUUUUCUUAAACUCAAAACGGAACAUGAGGAAAUAGAUGACGAUAUCAAACCCGAGGGUACAUCAUUUGCUUGCAAAAACCUUACAAUGGUCAAUAUAAAAUGUCCCAUGGAUGAUGAAAGAGUUCCUGUGUUAGAACAGUUCUUCGUGGCUAAUGGCAUAGCGAUGGAAAAGAUAUCUGUCUAUCACCGACCGACUCACCAACCUCGUGAGUCAUAUCAUGAAAAGCACAUUUUGCAAAAUGACGCACUCGGAGAACAUCAGGGAAAGAAGCGGUUUGACAUGGACGCCCCCGUCGGCCCAUUCGGCACCAAGGAAGAGCCAGCUAUCAUUCAGUCACACUUUGACAAGAGGAUUGUUGGUUGCCCUGGUGGUGAAGGAGAGGAUGAACAUGAUGUUGUGUGGUUUUGGUUGAAGAAAGGCGAGCCGCAUGAAUGCCCAGUCUGCACUCAGUAUUUCAAGCUUGAGGUUAUUGGGAACGGAGGAAACCCCGACGGACAUGAUGACGACGACGACCACCACCACCAUUAA